CGGCUCCGUUGCCGGGCGACGGAGCGGAAACGCUCGGGGGUCACGGAGCGGCGGCUUCCGGGUCGGCUGCCCUGGAGACAGGCAUGACUUCUCUGCGGGCGUUCACUUGCAACGACCUCUUCCGCUUCAACAACAUCAACUUGGAUCCCCUGACGGAGACUUAUGGAAUUCCAUUUUACUUGCAGUACUUGGCUCACUGGCCAGAGUACUUCAUUGUGGCAGAAGCCCCCGGGGGAGAGCUGAUGGGCUACAUCAUGGGAAAAGCUGAAGGAUCCGUGGCCAGGGAAGAGUGGCAUGGCCACGUCACCGCGCUCUCGGUGGCCCCUGAGUUCCGCCGGUUGGGGCUGGCUGCUAAACUGAUGGAGCUGCUGGAGGAAAUCUCCGAAAGAAAGGGUGGAUUUUUUGUGGAUCUCUUUGUGAGAGUAUCCAAUCAGGUUGCGGUGAACAUGUACAAGCAACUGGGCUACAGUGUGUACAGAACAGUGUUAGAGUACUACUCAGCCAGCAGUGGAGAACCGGAUGAAGAUGCAUAUGACAUGAGGAAAGCCCUGUCAAGAGAUAAAGAGAAGAAAUCAAUUAUACCGUUACCACAUCCUGUCAGACCAGAAGAUAUUGAAUAAGUCGAUUCUGCGGUUGCUGUAAAAUAGAUCGAGAAUAAAAACCUGUAGAUAAAUGGGAACAAUCAGGAUAUCUUUAAUGCAACUGGAAGCUUUGGAAGAAAAAGAGAGAGAGAGAGAGUAUACGUAAAUAUCAAACGUUUUCACUUUUAGCCUGCGCUUCUAAAUCUCGUAAUGCCCACACACACACACCCCCCAAAGCCAGAAACAAUCUUAUAACUUCCAUAUUUCUCACGAUUCGGUUUUAAAAAAUAUUAAUAAACCCAAAGGCCUCAUUUCUAAGAAGGCAGGACUGCUAA